CUCCGACCCUGUCCGAUGAGGGCCGCUGUCCCCGCAGCGCAGAGGAGUGCCGGCAGGGCUCCCACGGCGGUGGAACCCCAGCGAGGAGCACCCGCGCGAGUCCGCAGCCCGGGGGAUGCCUCCGGCCAGCCCGAGCCCCCUCACUCCUUGCCGGCCCCAGUCGCUGGGGCCUGUCUCGCGGGCCGAAGCAGUCCAGGCGGGGUCGCCCCAGUCCCUGGACUUGGUGCGGCGGAGGAUUUUGGGGGGCCGCCGCCUGAGCGAGCGGUCCCCGGGACCCCAAGGAGCCCAGCCCCAGCGAGCAGCCCGGCUCCUGCCCGUGCCGGUGGUGGGGAGAGGAGAGCUGCUGCGGGAGAUGGAGAGCUGCGCUCUGAGAACGACUAUCUCAAGGAUGAGCUGGAUGAACUUCGUGCAGAGAUGGAAGAGAUGCGAGACAGCUAUUUAGAGGAAGAUGUUUAUCAGCUGCAGGAGCUUCGACGAGAACUGGACCGUGCUAACAAAAACUGCCGAAUCCUGCAGUACCGUCUCAGGAAAGCCGAGCAGAAAAGCCUGAAAGUGGCAGAGACAGGGCAAGUGGAUGGUGAGCUUAUCAGAAGCCUGGAGCAGGAUUUGAAGGUGGCCAAAGAUGUGUCUGUCAGAUUGCACCAUGAACUUGAGACUGUGGAGGAAAAGCGCGCUAAAGCUGAAGAUGAAAAUGAAACUCUCCGACAACAGAUGAUUGAAGUGGAAAUAUCCAGGCAGGCCCUCCAGAAUGAGCUGGAGAAACUGAAAGAGAGUUCCCUAAAGAGAAGAGGCAGUCGGGAAAUGUUCAGAGAGAAGAAAGCCUUCAACCAGGAUGACAGUGCCGAUUUGAAAUGCCAACUGCAGUUUGCCAAAGAGGAAGCCUCCCUGAUGCGCAAAAAGAUGGCCAAGCUGGGGAGGGAGAAGGACGAGCUGGAGCAGGAGCUCCAAAAGUACAAGUCCCUCUAUGGUGAUGUAGACAGCCCCCUUCCCACGGGAGAAGCCGGUGGGCCCCCCAGUACCAGGGAGGCAGAACUAAAGCUGCGGCUAAAGUUGGUGGAGGAGGAAGCCAAUAUCUUAGGCCGGAAGAUCGUGGAGCUCGAGGUGGAGAACCGAGGCCUCAAAGCAGAGAUGGAAGACAUGCGGGUCCAAUAUGAGCGAGAGGGCACAGGCCGGGACCAUGUGCCAACCAUUCCUACCUCACCCUUCGGGGACUCCCUGGAGUCUUCCACGGAGCUCCGCCGACACCUGCAGUUUGUAGAAGAGGAGGCUGAGUUGCUGCGGAGGUCCAUAUCUGAGAUCGAAGACCACAACCGGCAAUUGACACACGAACUGAGCAAGUUCAAGUUUGAGCCUCGGCAGGAACCAGGGUGGCUUGGGGACAGCGUGGGUAAGGGCACUGGGGCUGGGGCUCCCCUGCAGGAGGAGCUGAAGUCUGCCAGGCUGCAGAUCAGUGAGCUGAGUGGAAAGGUGCUGAAGUUGCAAUAUGAGAACCGCGUGUUGCUAUCCAAUGUCCAGCGCUGUGACCUGGCCGCCCACUUGGGGCUGCAUGCCCCAAGCCCCCGGGACAGCGAUGCUGAAAGUGACACAGGCAAGAAGGAGAGUGAUGGUGAGGAAGGCCGCCUGUCUCAGCCCAAGCGAGAAGGUCCAGUGGGUGGGGAGAGUGACUCUGAGGACAUGUUCGAGAAAACAUCAGGCUUUGGGAGUGGAAAGCCCUCAGAGGCAAGUGAGCCUUGCCCAGCAGAGCUGCUAAGGGCCCAGGAAGACACCGAGUGCCUGGUGACCAUUAAACACGAGGCCCAGCGACUUGAGCGGACUGUGGAGCGCCUCAUCACAGACACCGAUGGCUUCAUCCAUGACUCAGGACUACAAGGCAGCAGCUUGGCCUUGCCUGGCAUCCAGGGUGAGGGUGAGGUGGGUCAGAAUGAGCCCCACCUGCUGGGGACCAUUAACUUGAAGAUGAAGGCCUUCAGGAAGGAGCUGCAGGGUUUCCUGGAACAGGUGACCCGGAUUGGGGAUGGACUGUCGCCCUUGCCCCACCUUACAGAGUCAUCUAGCUUCCUCUCCACUGUGACCUCCGUGUCCCGGGACUCCCCCAUCGGGAACCUAGGGAAGGAGCUGGGCCCAGACUUGCAGUCCAAACUGAGAGACCAGCUGGAGUGGCAGCUCAGUCAGGACCGAGUGGAUGAGCGAGAAGGCCUGCGCCUCCGAGCUACGCGGGAGCUGCACCGCCAGGCUGAUGGGGAUGUUGGGGAUGUCGGGAACCAGCGGCCGGGAGGCCAGAGCUGCUUCAACCUACUAGAGAUGGAGGAGGAACACCUCUACGCCUUGAGGUGGAAAGAACUGGAGAUGCACAGCCUGGCUUUGCAGAACACCCUCCAUGAACGAACCUGGAGUGAUGAGAAGAACCUGCUGCAGCAGGAGCUCCGGUCCUUGAAGCAGAACAUUUUCCUCUUCUACGUCAAACUCAGGUGGCUGCUCAAACACUGGCGGCAAGGGAAGCAGAUGGAGGAGGGAGGAGAGGAUUUCACUGAGAGUGAGCAUCCAGAAGCCCUCCCUGGGCUUGGUGAGCUAGAAGUCCAGGGGGGUCAUCAGGCAGAUGGACCAGACGGAGAUGAUGGUGACCAAGGCUGUGACUUUCUGAUGGGGGAGCAUUCCCCACACAGCCCAGUGCAGAUUGGUGACCAUGGUUCGCGGCUGCAGACAGCAGAUGGGGGACAACUCAAUAGGCAGGUGGUGGAAAACCAGCAGUUGUUCAGUGCCCUCAAGGCCUUGCUAGAGGACUUCCGCUCAGAGCUUCGGGAGGACGAGCACGCCCGCCUGAGGCUGCAGCAGCAGUAUGCCAGCGACAAGGCUGCCUGGGAUGUGGAGUGGGCCGUGCUCAAGUGCCGCCUGGAACAGCUGGAAGAGAAGACCGAGAAGAGUUUGGGAGAGUUUGACUCCCCCGCUGAGGGCAAAGGGGCCUUGAAGACAGAGAGGGAGGUGCACCAGAAGCUCCUGGCCGACAGCCACGGCCUGGUCAUGGACCUGCGCUGGCAGAUCCAUCACAGCGAAAAGAACUGGAACCGUGAGAAGGUGGAGCUCCUGGAGCGCCUGGACAGGGAGCGGCAAGAGUGGGAGCGGCAGAAGAAGGACCUCCUGUGGAGGAUUGAGCAGUUGCAGAAAGAGACCACUCCCCAAAGAAGUGGCAGUUUCCUCUGCGAUCAAAAAGAAGGCAACAUCUGCCCCUUCCCCCAUCAGGGAAGUCUCCGUGUGUCCCGUCCUGUGUCCAUGUGGCCCUGUAUGGACACCGACUCUGUUCCAUACGAAGAUCGGCCACUUUCCAAGCUGAAAGAGUCUGACAGGUGUUCAGCCAGUGAGAACCUCUACUUGGAUGCCUUGUCACUGGACGAGGAGCCAGAGGAGCCAGAGGAGCCGCCACCUUGCAGGCCUGAGAGGGACCUCCGGAACUGCCUGCUCGAGGAAGAAGAAAAUCACAAGGGAAAUCUUCAAAGAGCUGUGUCUGUAUCCUGCAUGUCCGAGUUCCAGCGCCUGAUAGACGUCUCUCCCUUCCUACCUGAGAAGGGCCUGCCAUCUGCCAGCAGCAAGGAGGAUGUCACUCCGCCCCUGUCUCCUGAUGACCUGAAGUACAUCGAGGAGUUCAACAGCAAGAGCUGGGAUUACACGCCCCCAAGGGCUGGGACCGAGAGGCCUCCAGACCUCUGGGCAGACAGGACUGAGGUGGGGCGGGCAGGGCAUGAGGCCACCACAGAGCCUUUCCCUGACUCAUCCUGGUAUUUGACCACGAGUGUCACCAUGACCACAGACACUAUGACCAGCCCAGAGCACUGCCAGAAGCUGCCACUGCGGAGCCAUGUCCUCACUGAGCAGUCUGGGGUUCGCGUGUUGCAUAGCCCACCUGCUGUACGCAGGGUGGACAGCAUUGUACCGGUAGGCAAUGAGGGUAGGAGCUGGCUGGACUCUGAGGGUCCCUUUCCCCAAAGCAGAGCCAGAGGGAGCCUGGGAGAUGCUAGGGGAGGGCACCCAGAGCCCAUGCUCAGCAGGUGGCCUUGUGCCCCUUCCAGACAUCCCCGAGACUAUGUGGAAGGGGCUCUCCGGCCCCUCGAUGGCCCCUUCUGCCCCUCCCUCAAGUUUGCCUCCCCGUUGCACAGCCUAGAUAUGUCUAAGAACAUGAGUGAUGAUAUGAAGGAGGUGGCCUUCUCUGUCAGGAAUGCCAUCUGCACUGGUCCCACCGAGCCACAAGUCAGGGACAUGGCCUGCCAGACCAAUGGGUCCCGGACAGCAGGAACACAGACUGUCCAGACCAUCAGCGUGGGCCUGCAGACAGAAGCCUUGCGUGGCAUCACCAGCAGCCCCCACAAGUGUCUCACACCAAAGGCUGGGGGUGGCACUACACCUGUGUCUUCUCCUUCCCGCAGCCUCAGGAGCAGGCAGGUGGCCCCUGCCAUCGAGAAGGUACAGGCCAAGUUUGAACGCACUUGCUGCUCCCCCAAGUUUGGCUCUCCUAAGCUACAGAGGAAGCCCCUCUCCAAAACUGAGCAGCCAAACAGCAAGGCCUCACCAGGGCUGGCCCUGAAAGGGUACAGUGAGUCGGCCUGGGCCCGCUCUACCACCACAAGGGAGAGCCCUGUGCACACCACCAUCAAUGAUGGCCUCUCCAGCCUCUUCAAUAUUAUUGACCACAGCCCUGUGGUGCAGGACCCCUUCCAGAAGGGUGUGUGGGCAGGGAGUCGGUCUCGCUCAGCAGAACCCCGACAGGAGCUGGGCCCAGGCCAGGAAACAGGCACCAGUUCACGAGGACGGUCACCUAGCCCUCUUGGCUUGGGCUCAGAGACGUGCAGGGAAGAUGGGGGAGAUGGCACGCCAGUGAGGCAGGACUUGUCUGCUCCCCCUGGCUACACGCUUACCGAGAGUGUUGCCCGGAUCCUUAACAAGAAGCUGCUGGAGCAUGCCUUAAAGGAGGGGAGGAGACAGGGCACCCACGGCACCCCCAGUCUUACCAGCGACAGCCACAUUGGAGACAUGGCCACAGCUGAACCAGGGCCCAUGGAGGAACUACCUUGUUCUGCGCUAGCACCAUCCCUAGAGCCCUGCUUCUCCAGGCCCGAGAGACCAGCAAACCGUCGCCCUCCGUCCCGGUGGGCCCCUCCUUACCCCACUGCCUCACAGUCUCAAUCACUUGGAGACCCAACAUCCUUGGAGGAACACGGUGACGAGGAUCCACCAGAGGAGAAGCCACACCUGUGAUGCAAGCUUGCAUGGAUUAUCACAGAAUAAUUCACUGUAAUUUGCAUAACCACACCAUCAUCAUGAACCAAACUCUGCCCUAAAGGAGAGCUCUAGUUUUCUCAAGGUUGAAGAAUGUUUUUUUAUUAAAAAAUAAAAAUAAAAAUAAAAACAGCUGCUGAAUGUUCAACCUGUGAAACAGAUGUUUCUAGAAUGAAACAGUAAAUGUGCCUGUAAUAACUUAAUUUUUUCACAGCUCAGAAAACUAUUUUUG